AUGUCAGCGCUUUCUCUUGUGCAGCACGCCACGCUCCCCCGCCGCAAGUUGCUGCUUGUGGUGAUGGACGGCGUCGGCAUUGGCCCCGGCGACGCGUACGACGCGGUGCACUUGGCGAAGACACCCUUCAUUGACUCGCACAGCGCCGACGCAAAGCACUUUCGCUCCGUCUGCGCCCAUGGCACCGCCGUCGGACUCCCUACGGAUGCAGAUAUGGGCAACAGUGAAGUGGGACACAACGCCCUUGGCGCGGGCCGUGUUGCGUUGCAGGGCGCCUCGCUUGUUGACGAUGCCCUCAAAAGCGGUGAUUUAUUUACCGGCGCCGGUUACCGUUACCUUCACGGCGCCUUCUCGCAGCCAGGACGCACCCUUCACCUCAUCGGCUUGCUAAGCGACGGCGGUGUCCACUCCCGCGACAACCAGAUUUACGAGAUCAUCAACCACGCCAGCUCGAAUGGGGCGAAGCGUAUCCGCGUGCACGUCCUCUACGACGGCCGCGACGUCCCUGAUAAAAGCUCCUUCAAGUUUACGGAUGACCUGGAGGCCGUCCUUGAAAAGACCCGCCAAAAGGGCUGCGAUGCCCGCAUUGCAAGCGGCGGCGGUCGCAUGUUUGUUACGAUGGAUCGCUACGAGGCGGACUGGGCGGUAGUCGAACGGGGCUGGAGGUCGCAGGUGUUGGGUGAGGCGCGAGCCUUUGCCUCUGCGAAGGAGGCCAUCACAACCUUCCGCGCAGAGGACCCAAAAGUUACGGAUCAGUACUACCCACCGUUCGUCGUCAGCGACGCGAGCGGCAAGCCGCUGGGCCCCAUCGAAGACGGCGAUGCCGUGCUCUGCGUCAACUUCCGCGGCGACCGUGUCAUUGAGAUGUCGCGGGCCUUUGAGGAGGAGGAUUUCGACAAGUUCGAUCGGGUUCGUGUUCCCAAGGUGCGCUACGCCGGCAUGAUGCGCUACGACGGAGAUUUGGGUAUUCCCAACAACUUUCUGGUGCCGCCGCCGCGGCUCUCGCGGACGAGCGAGGAAUAUCUCAUCGGCUCCGGCUGCCACAUCUUCGCCUGCUCCGAGACACAAAAGUUCGGCCACGUGACGUACUUCUGGAACGGCAACCGCAGCGGCAAGUUGGAUGAGGAGCACGAGACCUUCCUUGAGAUCCCCAGUGAUCGUGUGCAGUUCAAUGAGAAGCCCCUCAUGAAGAGCAAAGAAAUCACCGACGCGGCAAUUGAUGCGUUGAAGAGCGGCAAAUACGAUGUAGUUCGCAUCAACUUCCCCAAUGGAGAUAUGGUGGGCCACACGGGUGACCUCGCGGCGACAAUUGUUGGCGUAGAGGCUGUGGAUGAGUCGCUGCAGCGGCUGAAGGAGGCCGUCGACGCGGUCAACGGCGUCUACCUUGUCACCGCUGAUCACGGCAACUCCGACGACAUGGUGCAGCGCGACAAGAAGGGGAAGCCGCUCGUGGGCGCCGACGGAAAGGUCCUCCCGCUGACUUCGCACACGCUGGCGCCCGUGCCCGUGUUUAUCGGUGGCGCCGGGCUGGAUGAGCGUGUGAGAAUGCGCACGGAUCUCCCAAGGGCCGGGCUGGCGAACUUGACAGCGACGUUCCUCAACCUGAUGGGCUUCACCGCGCCGGCGGACUACGAGCCUUCGCUCAUCGAGGUGGCCCCGAGCUGA